ACAAAGACCAUGGAUGAGAAUACAUUAAAUGAUCUAUUGGAAUGUUCGGUGUGUUUGGAUCGUUUAAAGGAUUCAAAAGUUCUACCAUGUCAACAUACAUUUUGUCGAAAAUGUCUUGAGGUUAUUUAUGCCAGUCGUCAGGAGCUAAGAUGUCCCGAAUGCCGUAUACUUGUUGAAACGAAGAUAGAUGAUUUGCCGCCGAAUGUUUUGCUUAUGCGAAUAUUGGAGGGCAUGAAAAAUGCUGCCGCUAAACAACAAAACCAGCAACAACAACAUCACACAACAACAAGUAGUAAUGAAGAUAGACUAACAUUACAACGACAAAUCCAGCAACAACAACAAUUACAACAUCAACAGCAUCAGCAACAACAACACCAGCAAUUUCUACAAUUACCAGCCCCAACAAAUAUUGCUCAAAACCUAACGGCGCCGCAGCAUCAUCAUCCACAACAGCAGCAGCAGCUACAUCAGCCCCCGCCACAAUCAUCCAACCAACAAAGACGUUGUAUUGUUCCUCAUGCCUAUGCCCUAUAUGAUUUCGAUUCCAGUGAACCCAAUGAUUUGAAAUUCAAAAAAGGUGAUCUAAUUCUGUUGCGACGUAAAAUCGACAGCAAUUGGUAUGUGGGACAAUUUAAAGGAGUCGAAGGAAAUUUCCCCAUCAACUAUGUACAGGUAGUGGUGCCGCUGCCAUCGGCCCAGUGCAUUGCUUUGUAUGAUUUUAAAAUGGGUCCCAACGAAGAGGAAGGUUGUUUGACAUUUAAAAAAGGCACUGUCAUACAGGUGCUACGUCGGGUAGAUCAAAAUUGGGCUGAGGGACGCAUUGGUUCGUCCAUUGGUAUAUUUCCCAUUGCCUUUGUAGAAUUAAACCACUUAGCCAAGCAGUUGUUGGAAAAUUUCACACCACCCACAGCUGCUGUCACAACUGCUGCGGCGGGAGGACAUUUACCACCCGCAUUACAACAACAACAAACCGCUUUACAACAACAACAACAAGAAUCACGUGACUUACCACCCAUACCAGUUAGUGCAGAUAGUUCCACCUCAGCCAUAGACUCCACAAAACCCGGCACAUCUACCAACAUUCAGUUAUCUUGUUCCUCCUCAUCAAAUUCUUCGGCAACCACAAGUCCCACAUCGACCACAACAAAUCCCUCAACUUCAUCCUCCACCACAGCAUCAUCAACCAAUACCAUUUUCCACUCUAUGCCCAAUAGUCCACAAUCAUCAAUGCCCACCACCCCACAACAUUCGGGACAUCAUCACAAUCCCUCCUCAAGUUCGGUACGUUUGCGUAACAACGAUAUGAAACAUAAGCGACAUUCUCUCAAUGCCCUCCUCAACAAUAAUGGUAGCACUGCCUUAAGUAUUAUGCAAAGUAGUAAUCGGCAUUCUGCCGAAAUUCUAAGUGUACCCAAUGAUUUUGAACCGGAUGUGGCAAUGAGUUCCACAGCCACGGGGCAAACAACUGCCGCCAGGGAACAACAACAUCAUGCAACAAAUUUACCACCAGCCACAAACAAAGGCCAAACAAUACAAAAUCCCUCCAACAUGGCCAGUACAUCAUCAACACCACGUCACAAUGUUUUGAAAACCUGUCAACAAAAUGUACCACCCACUUUGCCAUGGGGUUAUUUGGCCCUAUAUCCCUAUAAGCCACGGAAAAAUGAUGAACUCGAAUUAAAGAAAGGUUGUGUUUAUAUGGUUACUGAACGUUGUUUGGACGGAUGGUUUAAAGGUAAAAAUUGGAAAGAUAUUAGUGGUGUAUUUCCCGGGAAUUAUGUUACGCCGUUACGUGCCAGAGAUCAACAACAAUUGAUGCAUAGUUGGAAAUUAAUACCACCCACAAAUUAUAUUAAUAACCACAAUGUAUCCUUGGCAAGUGGAAACCAUCAACACACAUUGCAACAACAACAGCAGCAACAACAACAAAUGGCCACCUCCACAUAUUCCUCAUCAAUGCGUCAUGAUUUGGAAAAUAUUAAUGCUCGUCUAACGCUGGCAAAUUUAACACCCCACCAAGCAAUGCCACCUGACCUACCACCUCGGCACAUGGCCUUAAGUCCGGUGCCCUUAAAUAAUCAAAGACAGCCACAAGAACAACCACAAACGAAUAUUUCCUCUAGAGAAUCACGUGAUAAAGAGGCAUUAAAAGAAAAACCCACAACUACAGGUUGUAUGUCAACAUCAUCAUCCUCCUCCAACUCUACAUCCUCAGCUUCGGCAGGUUUGAAAAAGUUUUUAACACACAUCAAGUCGAGAUCGAAAUCACCCGGAGCAGCUAUUGCUGCUGUGGCAGUGGCUGCUUCAACAUUGGCCACAACACAGAUAAAUGCUGCAGCCAAUGCGGCAGCUGCUGCUAAUGCUAUGACAGCAUCAACACCAACUCAACAACAGCAGCAGCAACAACAACAGGGAUCGAUGACGGGACAUGGUCUUACACCCGUUCAUGUGCGUUCGGGUUCCUGUCCCAGUCAACUGUUGCAACAUUUUCCCAAUGAUCGUCGGACACUAAAUGAAACAAAAGAUGAAUCUGGCAAUGUCACAGCACAUAGCCUACAACAGCAGCAACUUACACCACCUCCACCCAAUGGUUAUAGUUCGCAGCGUAUCAAAGGUCCCAAAGAAAGGGCCUCAUUGGAAAAUACACGUCCCACAAUUGACUCAACCUUACGCAGUAUUUAUGCCAAUCACAUACAACAACAAUCGAAUCUAAUGCCCAAAAAAUGUGCUCAACAAUAUCAACAACAACAAACAAUGUCGUCACCACAAUCCUCGAAUACAACAAAUAUGAAUAGUACACCCUCCACCACGGCGGUUAUUCAUCGUAAAUCUCAUUCCUUAGAUGCCUCGAAUAUUUUACAAUCAUCAUCCGCAGCAGCGGCAGCAAAUAAUAUUGUCACAGCAGCUACAAGUAGUUCCGAUUUAACACAAUGUAAUAUAAAUGCGGCUGCCGUGCAUGCAAGUGCAACAACAAAUACCCCAAACAAUAUGACAGAAAGCCGUUUUCGUUGUGUGGUACCAUAUCCCCCAAACAGCGAGGUCGAAUUGGAGCUUCAAGUCGGUGAUAUAAUAUUUGUUUAUCGUAAACAAAAAAAUGGUUGGUACAAGGGUACCAAUUCAAGAACUUAUAAGACUGGUUUAUUUCCUGCUUCAUUUGUUGAACCUGAUUUAUAA